AUGGCUGAUAGAGAAAAGGAAGGGCAAUCAGAUCCCAAAUCAAACUAUGCAAAUAAAAUAAAAGAAAAAAUAAAGGAAAUAGAUUAGAAAAUAAACACAAAAAUAACUAUCCCACAAUAUUCAAAACACACGAAACAAAAAGCAGCAGCAAUACCAUAUUAUUAUUAUAGAGAGAAUAAAGAGCACUAUAUGAGUGUAUUUGAACACUUGACUAAAAAGUAUGAUGUGAAUCCUUACAUUUACAAGGAGUUGGAAAUGAAUGAAGGCUACAAUCCAGGCUGUAGACAUAUUUUUCCAUAUAGCGGUGGAUGCGCACAAUGCAGUCAUUAUCCAGUUUAUGCAAAUCCUAGAGAUCCUUUCAAACCUAAUCCUCCUAUUUUGAAUAUAAGAAGCAAUUAGAAUCAUUUGAGAAGAUGGAUUGAAUUUACUGAACUAGAUGAUAAUUUAGUUUUGAUGGAAGAGUUAUAAGAUGAAUGGAAUGCUUACAAAAAUUGUUACUAUCCUAUUGUUUCACAUUAACAAGUUAUGCACAAAUAUGAUGCAAGAAAGUUAGUCUAUCUUAUGCAGUAUGAAGAUUUCGUUUAUGAUGAUUUUGUAGGAAGAACUCCUAAUUUUGUACAAUCUAAUUUUACUUAUGAUAGACCAAUUAUCGAGAAUGUUGAUAAUAGCUUUGCUAGGAUUCUUCAGCAAAGAAAGGAAGCAGUAGAGAAAAAAAACAAAGAAUAAGAAGAAAAUGAAAAUGCAAAGGCAUAAACAGAUCUGGAAAAUAAAAUGCAAAAUGAUUAAACAGCUAAUUUUCAAACUGUUCAAUAGCUAUAAGAAAGUCUAUAAUAGUAGAGUUUAGCAAAUCAAAAGCUUUAAGAUGAAAUCAAAUUCUUAAAAAGCUAAGGGUAUCAACCAAGAUAGAAGGGAGAGCAUUUUAACUAGGUUUCAUUUUAAGAAGACUUGUAUUAAAAUUAAGCAAAUGGUAAUGGUGCUGCAGUAAAUGAAAAAUAAUAUUAAGAAGGUCAGGAAAACAAUAAUACUUCUUUUAACUAAAAUAUGUAAUAAGGUUACUAUGCUACAUUUUCGAAUAAAUAAAUCAACAACUAAGCUAAAAUUGCAGGUUAGCAUUAAGGAUAAGGAAAUAACAAAAGUGGAAGUGAAAAUUAAAUUUCAAUUAACAAUUUAGAAAAAUCUUAAACAAAGAUUCGUUAACCUCCAUCUUAGACAGAUAUUUAAAAAAUGUAUAACCCUAAAUUUGCAGUGAAGCCAUCUUCUUAGGAAUUUAAUUUGAAAACAUUCGAUAACAAGUCUCAAUACUCUGAGGAAGUCUUGUAAUAAGGUGAAAGCAGCUAAAAUAUAAAAUUGAAAACAUUCAACUAAGCUAACUAAGAUUAAAAUAUUUUGCAGUCAGUUUAUAGAUAACCUCAUGAGUAAUAAAAGCAAUAAAAAAGUACUUAAAGUUUUCAAAAAACUACUUUUACUCAUUUUGCAGCUAGUUAAAGUUAGUUAGGAGGGUAAAGCAAAAAAUUCCUUCCAAGCAGUGCAAUUAAACUAAAAACAAGAAUCUAACUCCCAACUAACGACGAAUAUUACGGCCAUAACGUAAGUCCUACACAUGUGCAUGAAGAAUAAGAAUACUUUGAACCACAAAUAAAUUCUCUAUAAAAUUUUGAUUAAGCUGAAGAUAAGUAAAACUAAUAUUUGAAUACAAAAGAAGAUAGAGAAAAAUUUAUUUAAUCACACAAUUCUAGAGUUUCUUCUAUCGCUCAGCUAUCUCGCUAGCUAGAUUCUCACGAUCAUGAUUUAUCUUAAUUAUCUAUAGGUUAAGCCUAAAAGUAAAAAAGUAAUAAAUUUAGCGAUUAAAAAAUAGGAGUUUAACUAUAUUAACAAAUAAUCUAAGAUGUUUAAGAAGAAGCUACACCAUAAAACUAAAUCUAUUGA